ACAAUUAAGAAGGAGAUCUGAACAGAUGGAUACAAAGCACAGUAGGGAGCCAUAGGAAGCCUAAACGGAUUAAACUUUAAGAAAAACAAAAUAUAUCAGGAUAAUUGGUAAGCAGAUUAUGCCCAGAGCCACAGAAUGGGGAACCAGGAGGGUGACCUACACGACGAGUACCACAGGAAUCAGAGAGGCAGGUAAUAUUAGACAGGUGUAAAAAGCAAGAGAUACAGACAGAAUUCAUCUGAUGGGGAGGAGGAGGAGGCAGAGGAUUCCAUUACCUUGACCGUCUUUUUUUUUUUUUUCUCUUUCUACCUGCAACAUUCAGAGAGAAAAGACACCGGGCGAAGGGAAGAAUUUUGUAUAUGUUUUUAUUUUUUUUAUCAUUUUAUUUUUUUACUAGAGCUACCUAUCAUAGGAGGCUUUCCUUUCAUCUACAAAGAGCCUCCCGAAUAAUCGAAGAGAAAGUGUUCACUCAGUAGAGUUGAAUAUUUGAGAAGGCGACCUGACAAAAGGGGCAUUGUUUCGCGGCGCACAGCCUCUUUGUGGCUUUAUGCGAUAGCCCCCGCUAUUGGUUACCGCCGGAUCGCGGUUCAUUGAAAACCAAGGGGACAGAGCUUUUGUAAUCCUAGAGGUGGCCAAUUAAACCGGCUGCAAAGCUACCACUUGGCUUGAGCAGCCUGCGUCGCCACCGGCUUUAAUAUGUGAAUUGGAAAAGUCCACCUCUGCAUCCAGUCUGGGAGGGAGAUGUGAGGAGCGAGCGAGCGUCGACGUGCAGAUUAUAGGAGAGAGCAGCCGGCACUGCCCAAAGUGGAAGGCAACUGGAGCAGGAUCAAGACCGCGUCAUUGGGUGUUAAGUUGAGGUGCUUUUCAGUUCAUUCAUUUUAAUCCAGAUCUCCCAGGGCUGCUGACAAAGUGCCUACCUUUUGGCGUUUAUACGCAGGGCUGUCGGCAACAGGAGACUUUUUUUUUUUUUUUUUUACGCUUGCACGCCUACGGGAGAGUUGAAGAAGAAGAAAAAAAAAAAUGCCAACCAAUGGAAUACACCAGAUUUUGAAGAUCCAGUUCGGCUUGAUCAAUUGUGAUAACAGGUACCUGACAGCCGAAGCCUUUGGCUUCAAAGUCUAUGCCUCCGCUCCUAGCCUCAAAAAGAAGCAGAUCUGGACCUUGGAGCAAGACGAGGUGGACAACUCGGUGGUCUACCUCAAAAGCCACCACCUUGGCAGAUACUUGUCGGCCAACAAAGAUGGAAACGUGUCCUGCGAGGCUGAGAAGCCUGAGGAAUCUUGCCGUUUUACCAUUUCUGCUCAGUCGGAUGGAAGGUGGGCCCUACAGUCCGACAUGCACAAGCGCUUCUUUGGUGGCUCGGAGGAUAAGCUGUCCUGUUUUGCUCAGACCAUCACGGAGACGGAGCUCUGGGCCGUCCAUUUGGCCAUCCACCCUCAAGCUAACCUUCUUAGUGUUAGCAGGAGAAGGUAUGCCCACCUAAGCCCUCAAGAAGAUGAGAUCUCCACAGACAGCAACAUACCAUGGGGGGUACACUCCCUUAUCACCCUGGUGUACCAGGACAAAAAAUACUGUUUGAAGACUUGCGAUAGCCGCUACCUGCGUAACGACGGGAAGUUGGUUAAGGACCCCGAUAACAGCACGGCCUACACUCUUGAGUUCAAGGGCGGGAAGCUGGCCUUCAAAGAUUGUACCGGGAAGUAUUUGACACCAAUGGGACCUACGGGCACGCUGAAAGCUGGGCGGAGCUCCAAACCUGGCAAAGAUGAACUCUUUGAUCUCGAAGAAAGUCACCCUCAAGUUGUCUUCGUGGCAUCCAACAAAAGAUAUAUCUCUAUCAGGCAAGGUAUAAAUGUCUCCGCCAACCAGGACGAGGAGACGGACUUCGAAACCUUCCAAAUGCAGAUCAACAAAGAAAACAAGAAAUGCAGCUUCCACACCAACUCCGGCAAGUACUGGACCCUGGUGACCCACGGCGGCAUCCAAUCUACGGCCACCGAAACCGCUCCCGGCACAAUGUUCGAGAUCGAAUGGAGGGGCAGGAAGGUGGCCCUGAAAGCCGGUAAUGGGAAGUACAUUUCUACCAAGAAGAAUGGGCAGCUGGCAGCCGUCUCUGACUCCAUCGGAGAGGAUGAGGAGUUCACACUGAAGCUGAUAAACCGACCGAUAUUGGUACUCCGCGGGGACCUGGGCUUCGUCUGCUACCACAAAUCCUCCAACACGCUGGACGCCAACCGCUCAGUUUAUGACGUCUUCCAGAUCAUUUUUAACAAUGGAGCGUACCAAAUCAAAGGUCAGGGUGGAAAGUUUUGGUACACUUCCAGCAACGGCACAGUCUGCACGGACGGCGACAUGUCUGAAGACUUCUUCUUCGAGUUCCGAGAGUACAACCGCGUAGCCAUCAAGGGCAAAAACGGCAAAUAUCUACGGGGAGACCAGGCGGGCACGCUAAAGGCCGAUGCAGAAUCAGCAAAUGCCGCUACCCUAUGGGAAUACUGACUGACCUCCCCAAUACAGCUUAGCUAUAGAGGACAUUAGAUGAUUUGCUUGGAGGGCAAGGGGGUCACUGGAGGACAGAGGUCUCCCCCAAAAACCUUCAUUGGGGAGAUUGGAAGAGCCCACAAGUUAGAGGCUUCAUAGCUCUGUGUACAGCUUGGGGAGGGGCAAUUCACUAUGGACUCAAUGACCCGUUACAAACAUUGCCCCACUAGGAUCAUGGGAAAUGCGUGUCACUGUCAUGAUAUUACCAUUUUAUUAGCCUAGUUAAAGAGAUUUAAAAUUAGAUUUUGUACACCCUGAGAAUGCGAUGUCCAUGGGGGGGGGGGGGGGCGCGUCACAUAUAGAAAGAACAGCCAUUAGCUAGGACAUCUAUGGUGGCCCCCACUUCAUUACACCGUCCACACAGUGGCCACAAACGCAGCUUUGUCAGGAGGGACACAAUAUCCACACACGGUCAGACCAGCUGCUCCGCCUUUAUGCCGGUAAAUGGGAUGGAGAAUUAUAAAAAUAAAAUUUUUACUGAAUACCCCAAAUCAUUAAAAUUGAUGACAAGUCAACGGAAAGUUCAUCAGUUGCCCUUUGUUUGGCCUCUGAGGGCGAUUUGUGCGUCUUAUCUGGACGUGGGGAUCUGUGGGUUUUGAAGACUUAAUAGGGGAAGUCAUGGAUUUUAUAAGUGUAAAUUCAGGCAAAUAUUCAAAAAACACCCCAUUAGAUAAUAUGUAUUCAUUUUAAAAAAUAAACUAUUUAAAAUGUUA